UUUCAGAAAAAUCAGGUAUUGUCAUAAGCCUUUCUGCGAUUUCCUGAAAGAAAAGUUUAUGUCAUCGAAUUCACCGCCGGAAACACCAGGUGGUUCGCGUGAUUCAAAAAAUAGUCCCGAUUCAACAGAUCGUAAGAAAGCAACUCAUUUAAGAUGCGAACGACAGCGUCGAGAGGCUAUCAAUAUUGGAUAUCAGGAAUUGAAGGAGUUGCUACCAGCAUCAUUCUCGCCUAUUGGGUGUAAAACAACUAAUGCAGCAAUUUUGUUUCGCGCAGCUGAUUAUUUAAAUCAUUUAAAAAAGGAAGAAGAAAAUCUACAUGAAACAAUUGUUCAGCUAACCGCACAGGUUUCAGCACUUGAACUUAUCGCCAAGCAAUAUGAAAAUAUGGCAGUAAGCAGUUGUACAUCUAACAGAUCUUCGAUUCAGUGUCAGAUUAUGCAAGCCUUUCUUGAUUCAUGUUUUGCUUCAUUCCGCAGACAAGUGAAUGUUUCCAACUUACAAUCCGUAAUAGAAACACUGCUACCUUGGGUGGAAAUCCUGGAUUAUGAUAAAAUUUCUCGGGAUACAUUAGACACUGUAUAUAAGUGUUGACGGUGGUAGAUCAGUGCUUUCCAUGUUUCAUGUUUGUUUUGCUAAAAAAAAGUGUGAUAGAUAUGAUUGCCUUCUGUUCAUAAUAAUUCAUUAUCUUCAUUUCUCGUGCUAACUUUCUUAUACAUUAGUGUGUUGUGAUAGCAUUCUUUAUAUUUGAAAUAUGUAGAAAGUAGUUUGCACCUUAGAUUACCAGUAUUGUGUGAUGAAUGAUAUUUGAUGUUUUUUUUUUUUAAUGCUAAAUUCCAUCAGAAAUUGACAAGGCA